AUGAAGUUGAUGGUUCCGCUGAUUGAAAAAUCGUGUGACACUCUUGUGCUGAAACUUGGCGAAAUCGCUGAUUCGGGUGAGUUAAAAUUCUCUAUUACCUCCUUCCCUACAGAGUCGUCAAGCAAUUAGAGGUCUUUUGCAUCCAUUUCUAGCCAGAGAUGCGGUGCUUAUUCGAGAAAGAGUGUUCGAGAAGAGGUAGACUGUUUAACAGUCGCCUAUUUCAGAUUUGAGGUAGACUUUCAAAAAAGUCGGCUGCUUCGCGGCCAAACAAGGCACGUUCCGCUCGCCAAGAGGUCGACUUGUUGCAAGUCUAGAUUUUAGGGUACGUUCACCUCAGUCGAGCGCUUCCUUCCAAAUGUUACUGGGGCGACAGGCGUCAAGAGUAGCCUGCUUCCCGGCAGGCAUCGAAAUGGGGGCGGGGCGGGGGCCGGGUCGGAAAGGGGGACAAGGGGAUUUUCUCUUUCUCCCCCCCCCCUCCCCAUUUACGCCUGCCACGCAGCUCAGGUUAGGCGUCAAGCUAGUGCAUUCAACCGGGUUGGGUGCCCGAUAAAGCUAUACUCACGUUAUCCAUUGAUACUGUGUCAACCAGAAGCGUGUUGUUGGUUCUUGGGACAAAUCGGAAUUAACGGGUUAUUUUUUCACCUUCGUUACACAUUUGAAAAACAAAAACAAGGUUUGUAAACAAUGAGUAUCACUACAGCGUAGCCUGCAUGGCUGACUUCUUAGUGGGUGGGGGUUGGGGUGGACGAAAAGGAUUUAAGGAGCACGAGAACGUUAAAAUGUUAAAGGCCCAAGUACAAGUAGCCUCCCACACCAGUAGCCUGUUCCAGACGUUCAGGUUGUGGACAGAAUCGUGAAUUGAAGCCGUCCCCGCUAUCUGAACAGCUAAAACAGGCUACUUCAAUAGGGCCUUGUCACAUACCGACGUCAUGGAGGGUCAAAGUAUCAGAGAACUUUAGAAAUAAGUAGAAAUUACCAACACCAUAUCAAUAUUACGAUAUUUCUGUACAGAUCAAAGUGUAGACAUGCUGGAUUGGUUUAGUAAGCUGACCCUGGAGGUGAUAUUAUCUACAGCUUUUGGCUUGGAGGCGGAGGUCCAAAACGGUAAGGACAAUGAACUGCUAACAGAAGGGAAAAAAUUUUUUUCAACUCCACAAAUCAUUCGGCAGAUAAGCCGUUUGCCAUUUGGACCGGCUUUGCUCCGGUUUCUAGCAAUGCUGCGUCGACAAAGACCAGAGUAUUUUCAAGAAGUCGCCACAGAAAUCUUAAAAGCACGUCGCCAACAGGGAUUUUCAGGACGAAAAGACUUGUUAGAUCUCAUGAUGCAUGCUACUGAUGAAACAACGACGGAAGGGGUGAGCAGACUAUCAGAUGAAGAGGUAGUAGCUCAGUCUGUUGUCUUUCUUUUGGCGGGGUACGAAACUUCAAGCAACACAUUAGCUUUCACUCUGUACUACUUGGUUGUGAACCCAGAAAUGCAAGAGAAACUGAGAACACAGAUCAGAGAGGCCUUGGAGACCAACGCAAAGAAGGGAUGUCUUUACGAUAUUGUCAAGAAUAUUGAUUACCUCGACUGUGUUCUAAAGGAGUCCCAGCGUUUGUGUCCUCCCGCGGUCCAUGUCAACCGUGAAUGCCAUGAAGAUUUUGACCUUAGCGGAAUCCAUAUUCCUGCUGGAACCGAGGUUGUAAUUCCAGUCUAUGCCUUGCAUCAUGAUCCCGAUGCCUGGGAGGACCCGGAGAAGUUUGACCCCGAGAGAUUCCGAGGUGCAAGGAAAGACACCUACCAUCCCUUUCAGUUCCUACCCUUUGGGGGUGGGCCGCGAAAUUGUAUCGGUAUGAGGUUUGCCCUGCUGGAGAUCAAGAUCGCUCUCGUCAAAAUCUUGUCGAAGUACAAGUUCGUGCGGUCAGCCAAGACACAAGUUCCUCUGAUGUUACAUGCCGGUGGCGCUUUGAGUGCAAAAGGUGGCGUGCUGGUUAUAGUGGAGUCUUUAUUGUAA